AUGCAUCACCUGUUCCGACUGGUCUUGGGACAAAAAGAUCUUUCACGGGCCGGCGACCUCUUCUCCUUGGAGGACUCUGAGAUUGAAGACAGCCUGACAGAAGCUUUGGAGCAAAUUAAAAUAAUUAGCUCAUCUUCCGAUUACCAAACCAAUAACAAUGACCAGGCCGUGGUUGAGAUCUGCAUCACAAGAAUCACCACAGCCAUCAGAGAGACAGAGUCCAUUGAAAAGCACGCGAAGGCCCUCGUCGGGCUCUGGGACUCCUGCCUAGAGCACAACCUGAGACCCUCCGGGAAAGACGAAGACACCCCCCAUGCAAAAAUCGCCUCUGAUAUCAUGAGCUGUAUUUUACAGAAUUACAACCGGCCUCCUGUGAUGGCACUAGCUAUCCCCAUUGCAGUGAAAUUCCUCCACAGAAGCAACAAGGAACUGUGCAGGAAUAUGUCCAACUACUUGUCCCUGGCUGCAAUCACCAAGGCGGACCUCCUGGCUGAUCACACAGAAGUUAUAGUGAAGAGCAUACUCCAAGGUAACACCAUGUUGUUGAGGGUGUUACCUGCUGUGUAUGAAAAGCAGCCUCAGCCAAUUAACCGGCACCUGACGGAACUCCUGGCCUUGAUGUCGCAGCUGGAGCAGCCAGAGCAGUACCAUCUCCUGCGGCUUCUGCACGUAGCCGCAAAGAGAAAGCAACCAGAGGUGGUUCAGAAGUGUAUUCCUUUCUUAAUCGGGCAUUUGAAGGACUCAACCCAUAGUGACGUCAUCCUAAACAUCCUCAUAGAGAUCGCAGGCUAUGAACCAGUGGCUUUGAACAGUUUCCUUCCGAUGCUGAGAGAGAUUGGUGAGAGAUUCCCCUACCUCAUUGGACAGAUGGCGAGGAUUUAUGGAGCUGUUGGGCAUGUGGAUGAAGAGAGAGCCAGGAGCUGCCUGCCAUUUCUGGUGAGUCAGCUGGCCAACAUGGAACACUCCUUUCACCAUAUCCUCCUGCUGGAGAUUAAGAGCAUCACAGACACAUUCUCCUCCCUCCUGGGCCCUCAGAGCAGAGACAUCUUCCGCAUGAGCAACAGCUUCACUGCCAUUGCCAAGCUCCUUACCCGACAACUGGAAACCACCAAGCCCCAAAGUGGCAGGAGAAAAACCAGCACUGAAAUUGAAUUCCCUGAGAAGCUAGAGGGAACCAAGCUCACCGCAGCUGAAAAUGAAGACCAGGAAAAGCUUCAUGUUAAAAUACAGGCUUUUGAAGACAAAAUAAAUGCUGAGAUCAAUACCCCUGGAUCUAUCAGAAGAUAUAGUUUGGGCCAAGUUUCCAAGGAAGAAAGAAAAGACAUUAGAUUUAACAGGUCAAAGAGUCUGGCUUUGCACACUGUGCUAACAAAGGGCAUGAGUUCAGAUGAUGGGGAAGUUGUUGAGAGAGGAGAUAUACCAGCCAGCAUCUCCCUUUCAGAAAUAGCCUCACUUGGCCAAGGAAAUAAGUCGCCCUUUAAGGCCGACACUGAUGGAUCACAGCUGGGAAAUUCUUCAGUUUCACACCCAAGCAUUAUACAUAUAGAGUCAGAGAAUCUGCCAGAAACAGUAAAAAAAAACUAUCAGGAAGACACUCCAGAGACGACUGUAAGUCCUGUAGAAUACCAAGAUAAGCUCUACUUGCACUUAAAGAAGAACCUCAGUAAAGUGAAAGCAUACGCCGUGGAAAUCGGAAAGAAGAUUCCAGUCCCUGACCAGUGUACCAUUGAAGAUUCUGUUAGAAGUUGUGUAGCCAAGUUGUUCUUCACCUGCUCCCUGAAGGGCCAUUACUGCCUAUACAGUAAAUCCAGUUUUAUUCUCAUCAGCCAAGAACCUCAACCAUGGAUCCAGAUCAUGUUUCUGUUUCAGCAGAGCCUAUUUCCGGAGCCCCUGUCCAUCCAGAGCCGUUCUGUGCAAUUUCUCAGAUCUCUGUGGGAGAAGACCCAGGUAGAGGGUGCUCACAGCUUCGAAACAGCCAUGCUGGAGUCCACAUUUCCACAGCAGAAGGAUCUGGACCAGGUACAGCUCCAUCUGGAAGAAGUGAGGUUCUUUGACGUGUUUGGCUUCAGCGAAGCAGCAGGAGCAUGGCAAUGCUUCAUGUGCAACAACCCUGAAAAAGCAACCGUUGUAAAUCAAGACGGCCAGCCUCUCAUAGAAGGGAAACUUAAAGAGAAGCAAGUCAGAUGGAAGUUCAUCAAAAGGUGGAAAACCCGUUACUUCACACUGGCUGGAAACCAACUUCUGUUUCAAAAAGGAAAGUCUAAAGACGAUCCUGAUGACUCUCCAAUAGAACUCAGCAAAGUACAGAGCGUGAAGGUUGUGGGCAGGAAACGCAGGGACCGCUCGCUCCCUCGGGCUUUUGAAAUCUUCACAGACAAUAAAACCUAUGUUUUCAAGGCCAAGGAUGAGAAGAACGCAGAAGAGUGGCUCCAGUGCAUCAAUGUGGCAGUUGCCCAAGCAAAAGAGAGAGAAAGUCGAGAGGUAACCACAUAUCUGUAG